AUGGCCCUCUUAUCGAAUUUACAGGUCCCAAUGGUCCUCAGGUUACGGGUUUCCUAUAGAUGCUGUAGUUGCAUUGCCUUACAAGAUGGAGACUGGUGGAUAAGCAGAUUCCGUAGUAGAAGCAGAGUUAUGGAGCUGUUGCGUGAAAUUCUCCAUGAAGCAGCACCCAUUAGCUCUUCUGAGAUGGAUGACACCUACUUAUGGAAACCAGGAAACAGACCAGCGUCGAGUGCAUUCUCCACAGCAGAUACCUGGUCGGCCUUACACCCCCACGGAGAGUCAGUCCUAUGGCAUAGGCAAGUCUGGUUUCAUGGGAAAAUUCCAAAACAUGCUUUUAUUACUUGGGUAAAUGCAAGAAACCGGUUGAGUACUCGAUAUAGAUUGAGAAGAUGGGGAAUGCAAGUGCCUUCAGAAUGCAUUUUAUGCAAUGUGGAGGAUGAGACAAGACAGCACUUAUUUUUUUAUUGCAGUUAUAGUACAGAGGUCUGGCUUUACUUCUGUUCAAGGCUCAAUGUUAACCCUCCAUCUGAGUUUGAAGAGGGCCUGCGAUGGUUGCGAAACCCCUCUACGGAUGAGUUUUUGAAGUUGAUUAUCAGGCUAGUGUAUCAGGCAGUGGUUUAUGGUAUCUGGAAAGAGAGAAAUGCAAGAGUGCAUUCACAGAUUUUCAGACCAGCACAAGCUUUGAUCCUUGAGAUUAAGCAAGUUGUUCAGAAUUGUUUGGACCCACUGUCAAGAGCUCAGAAUUCUAGAAGGAGAGAUAUUACUCUACUUGGAACUUGGUUUAGUAGAUUCUAG